AUUGGCUGCGGCGGGCGCCUCGCGGGCCGGCGGCUAUGGAGGCGAAGGUGGUUGAUGGUUGACCGCUGGUUCCAGGGUAGGGGGUCUCCGCGCGUGUGGUCCGCUCACACCCUACGGGAGGGCGCGGGCUGCUGACGCUCGGCUUGGAACCCGCCGGGGAGACCUAGUUCUGCUCCACCAUGCCAGCCGGGAGUAACUCGGACGGCGUCCUCAGCUAUCAGAGACCAGAUGAAGAAGCUGUGGUGGAUCAGGGUGGGACCAGUACAAUUCUCAAUAUCCAUUAUGAGAAAGAAGAGUUAGAAGGACAUAGAACUCUUUAUGUGGGGGUUCGGAUGCCAUUGGGCCGGCAGAGCCACCGGCAUCACCGUACCCAUGGUCAGAAGCACCGAAGACGAGGACGGGGCAAAGGAGCCAGCCAGGGGGAGGAUGGCUUGGAAUCCCUGGCCCACGACACACCAUCUCAGCGUGUUCAGUUCAUUCUUGGCACUGAAGAAGAUGAAGAACAUGUGCCUCAUGAGCUCUUCACAGAGCUGGACGAGAUUUGUAUGAAAGAGGGAGAAGAUGCUGAGUGGAAGGAGACAGCCAGAUGGCUGAAAUUUGAAGAAGACGUUGAGGAUGGGGGAGAACGCUGGAGCAAGCCUUAUGUAGCAACUCUUUCACUGCACAGCCUCUUUGAGCUACGGAGCUGCCUUAUUAAUGGAACUGUCCUUCUGGAUAUGCAUGCAAAUAGCAUCGAAGAAAUUUCAGACCUAAUACUGGACCAGCAAGAACUGUUUAGUGACCUGAAUGACAGCAUGAGAGUCAAAGUGCGGGAAGCCCUUCUCAAAAAGCAUCAUCAUCAGAAUGAAAAGAAGAGAAACAACCUCAUUCCCAUCGUCCGCUCCUUUGCUGAGGUUGGCAAGAAGCAGUCUGAUCCACAUUCAAUGGACAAAAAUGGUCAGACCGUAUCUCCUCAGUCUAUUCUGACUACAAAUCUUGAAGUGAAAAAUGGAGUGAAUUGUGAGCACAGUCCUGUGGAUUUAAGCAAGGUGGACCUUCAUUUCAUGAAAAAAAUUCCUACUGGGGCAGAGGCCUCAAAUGUCCUGGUUGGAGAGGUGGAUACUUUGGACAGGCCCAUCGUUGCUUUUGUGAGGCUGUCUCCAGCCAUUCUUCUCUCAGGCCUUACAGAAGUGCCAAUCCCAACAAGAUUUUUGUUUAUCUUAUUGGGUCCAGUAGGUAAAGGUCAGCAGUACCAUGAGAUUGGCAGAUCCAUGGCUACCAUCAUGACAGAUGAGAUUUUUCACGAUGUGGCUUAUAAGGCAAAAGAGAGAGAUGAUCUCCUGGCGGGGAUUGAUGAGUUCCUAGACCAGGUGACAGUGCUCCCUCCGGGGGAGUGGGAUCCCUCCAUUAGAAUCGAACCACCCAAAAAUGUUCCUUCCCAGGAGAAAAGGAAAAUGCCUGGAAUUCCAAAUGGAAAUGUUUGCCACAUAGAACCAGAACCACAUGGAGGUCAUAGCGGACCAGAACUUCAGCGCACUGGGCGGCUGUUUGGGGGCUUAGUGCUGGACAUCAAGCGGAAAGCCCCCUGGUACUGGAGCGACUACCGGGAUGCACUCAGCUUACAGUGUCUGGCCUCCUUUCUGUUCCUGUACUGUGCCUGCAUGUCACCUGUCAUCACCUUUGGGGGAUUGCUUGGAGAAGCCACUGAAGGACGCAUAAGUGCAAUUGAGUCCUUGUUUGGAGCCUCCAUGACUGGGAUUGCCUAUUCCUUGUUUGCGGGACAGGCUCUCACCAUUCUGGGAAGUACUGGACCAGUGCUUGUGUUUGAAAAGAUUUUGUUCAAAUUCUGCAAAGACUACUCCCUUUCAUACCUCUCCCUGCGGGCUUGUAUUGGACUGUGGACUGCUUUCCUAUGUAUUGUCCUUGUGGCAACUGAUGCCAGUUCCCUUGUCUGCUACAUUACCCGCUUCACUGAAGAAGCAUUUGCCUCCCUCAUUUGCAUUAUUUUCAUCUAUGAAGCAAUAGAAAAGCUGAUUCACCUGGCAGAGACCUACCCCAUCCACAUGCACAGCCAGCUGGACCAUCUCAGCCUCUAUUACUGCAGGUGUACUUUUCCGGAGAAUCCAAACAAUCAUACCCUACAGUACUGGAAGGACCACAACAUUGUAACAGCGGAAGUACACUGGGCUAACCUGACUGUCAGUGUAAGUCUGGGAGCUGCCAGAUGCCCUAGCAUGACCAGGUUUAGGAGGGCUUCUAGGCGGAAGGGGACUAGCCCUUUGCUGAAAUCUGGCAUUUAAGAAAUAAAGUUUU